AUGCCUACUGGUGAAGCAAUUCCUGUUACUACUGCUAAUCCAUUUAAUGCACUGGAGGGAGCACUCUCCACUGAGUUUAGACUUAAUUUUAGGUCUCUACUUGACUAUAAUAGUCCAGCGUUAGUUGUCCUUUUGGAAACACACUGUCAAACACAUCAAAGUGUGAAGGAUGAUUUUAAUUUUGAUGGUAUGAUUGAGAUGGCUGCCACAGGCCAUUCUGGAGGAAUUGCUAUUUUGUGGUUGGCUAAUGCAUUAGAUGUUCAUCCAGUUGCCACCACUACACAAGAAAUUCACUGCCAUGUCCAGGUAGCUGAAUAUUACUUUUUAACAAAUCAAUCUAGUAAGAAGAGAUCAAAGUCUCCUAUCUAUAUCAAAUGGCAUCCACCUGAUUAUAUGUAUUACAAAUUAAAUAUUGAUGGAUCUUGCUGCCCGGCUCUAUGCACUUAUGGAAUUGGUGGAGUUAUCCGCAACCACAAAAGUAACUGGAUCAUAGGCUUUGCAGGGUCUGUCAAAGAAGGCACCUCUAUACAAAUAGAACUCCUUGCACUCCUCAAAGAUUUACAAAUUGCUAUCCAACAAAGGCUCUUACCCAUCAUCAUUGAGACGGAUGCACAAGCAAUAAUUGGUAUGUUAAAGUCACCAGCAAUGAGCUUUAUUAAUAUUAUUAAUGAUUGCAGGUCCUUGCUCCGACUGUUGGAUAGUCCAUCCGUACAAGUUAUCUACAGAGAACAGAAUUGUGUAGCAGAUAAAUUAGCUAAAUAUGGUGCAACACAUGUACAAGAGCAAUGCCUACUCUUUGGAACACCCCCACCUUUUGUUAUGUCUUGUUAUGAACAAGAUCACCAGGGUUACACAAUCUCUCUCUGGAUCAUAUGGUUUAGCUAG